AUGGCAGAUAAAUUCGUCACCGCUCAUGUGGGAACGAAAAAGGCAGAAGCCAGGGUAAACGACAUCUUCGCCGUUAGACAAACGGCAGGCGAGGGACUUCGGGAUUUCCUAGCCCGAUUCAACAGGGUAAGAAUGAGCCUACCCAAUGUAUCGGAGGGGAUGACGGUAAUAGCCUUUCAAAAUGGGUUAAAUAGAAACGGGUCGAAAGCAGCAAAAAAGCUGCUAAGUAGGCUCAUGAAAUACCCUCCCACUACCUGGGAAGAGAUCCAUAACGCAUAUUGUGCCGAAGUAAGGGCAGAUGAGGAUGACUUAAAUGGUCCGAUGCAACGGCUAACCUCAGUACAAACCAAAAUAAGGAGAGACCGCCGUAACGACGGUCGAAGGGACCAACUAUCCCGUUUCAAUCGAGAGAGGCAUCAGCCCUACAUUCGGACAUCCAUCCCACCUCCACCACAACAUGCAGACGUCACGCCCCGACGCACCGUGCCACAGCGGAAUGAGAGAGAAAUAGUGUAUGCACUAAAAAAGCUCGGCACGAAGGUGCAGUGGCCGCAAAAAAUAAAGUCGGAUCCAAGCACCCGGAGAUCGCACGUUCUGUGCGAGUUCCAUCAGGAAAGGGGACAUAAGACCGAUGAUUGCAUAGGCUUGCGACAGGAAGUGGUAAGAAUGCUGAACCAAGGACACCUGAAAGAACUGUUGAGCGAUCGAGGACGGGCUAACUUUGCUCGUGGGCGCGAUCAACCCCAAGGACCCCCAAAACGACCUUCACCGGCUCGUGUCAUACAAAUGAUCAUUGGCAGCGGUGAUGAUACAGUAAUCAACCAUGUGAAGUUCACCACUACACACAAAUUCAGGCGAACAGUCGCUCACGAACGGAAACAGCCUACAACGCUAUCAUAG